GCCGCAAGGCGUCUAGCCUGCCGGAAAUGCGUAAGAGGAAGAAGGGAAAGAAGAAGAAAACAGGCGGCUGGCUUUGAAACCAUGGCGUCCAGAACGGCAGGGACAGCUUCAAGUAGUGGCAGAGAUACAUGUGCCGAUGGAAAGAGCUCUAAAGGUGCGAACAGCAAAGCCAACAACAACAACGGCGCUAAGAAGAAAACAAAACCAAGUGGGACUGUUGUCAAGUCUCGGUAUCUGCAGGCUGUUGAGAAGACAUCUCUUUCAAAGAGUAACUCGCUGACUAAUGAGUCCAUCAGCGUGCCACCGAGGCCUUCCUCACCCAAACCUAAAUGUGUCAAACCAAAAGUGGGCACUCCACCGAGACGCUCAGUGGCCCCGCAGGCCCCUCCAACAUCAAUGUCUUGUCUGCUUGAGCCUUCAGUGUUGGGGAAAAGUUUUCUGCAGUCCACUUUCUCAGAUGGACACUGCAUUCGACCAGAUUUUGAUGUUUCUGUCAUUCAAGAUAAGACAGUGAAACAAAAAGCCGAGAGAAACCCAGAGGAUGUGAGGAUGGAAAUAUUCCUGUUGUCCUACCUCACAGCUAAGAUGGAACACAACACUCUGAAGCUGCGGGCUGAGGCAGAGGCAAAGCUCCUGCAGGAAAUGGAGGAACAAGAGAGGCUCUAUAAUGAAGUCCAGGAGAAGAAGCGGCAGUACCUCCUCAUGGAGAGGGACAGACAGAGGAACGAAUUAUUGGAUUUACAGAUUGCUGCAUUGACUCCUGUGGCAGAGGCUGCCAAGCAGUUCACGAAGGAGUACAAAUCUUUUGCCUCAGCCAUUGACACCACCCGCCAUGAGCUGCCUGUCAAGAACUUCCACAUUGAGGGGGACCAAAGGCAGUUCCUGGAUAAAGCGGAGGCUUGCCUGAAGGAGACUGAGAGGCUGCUGGAGGAGUGCACACAAGGAGAUCAGCAGCACAACAGCACCUGUGUAGAGUGCCUGAGAGACAUGAAAAUGACCUCCAAGGACAUCAGCCAGCAGCUUUCAGGAGCUUUUUCAGAGCUGCUGGAGCUGUCAUCCUCAGUCUGCCGCCACACGGUGCUCUGCCAGCAGGCCCUGGAGGAGGAGCAGCUCUGUACAACCAGAGCCCAGGAGCUGUACUGCCCCGGACAGUGAAAGAUACCACAUGGCAUGGGAUGCACUUUGUAUAUAUUUUGUAAAUUUAGAAUGAUACUGUUUUAAUAACUGUAACUUUACUAAUGAAUAAAGCCGUUUAUGAACAUGCUC